AUGGAAACCAGAGGAUUAAACGAACAAAUAAAUGGGAUGUUCCCGGAUCUAAAAAGGUUACCAGGAAGAGUAGGACAAGUAACGGCAGAAUCACAGGGAGGCAAAAUAGCUCUUUUCCAAUGUAAAAGGCAGAUAAGAGAAAACCCAACAUUAAGAAACUUAUACAGAUGCUGGCAAAAAACAAAAAGCUACGCACUAGAACAGAACAUAGAAUCAAUUUGUAUACAACAGAAAAUAUGGGGACUAAAAAGUAGAACCUGGAGGUCUAUGAAACAGAUAAUCACAGAAAUAUUCAGAGACACCAACAUAAAAGUCAUGAUACAGAAAAACGAGAAAAAUAUACAAGAACCAGAAAAUAUAAUGUGCAACAUAACUAUAGAUGAGCAACUAAGCAGCUUGAAACUAGGAAUGCCCAGGAAUCAAGAACCAUAG